AUGAAUGAAACUACUAGCCUUGAUGAUGACGAAUUAGUUGAAAUUGAAAGCUCCAUCAUGAAUGCAUCAGUAAAUGUUUCAAUCAGAUCAGAGCUGAUUAAGGAGAUGAUUAAACAGACAGUCAAAAGUGUUGAUCAUAUUGUUGCAAGAAAAACAUUAUCAAAUUCAUCGAAGGCUGAAAAGAAGGAUGAAGGAUUAGGUGACGAAUUGUUAUCAGCAAACUUCGAAUUCAUUUUCAAUGAAGAAAGAUACAAGGCUUUUAAAGAAAAUGAUCAAGAGAAGAUUGAAAAGUAUUUGUCUUUAACUUCAGAAAUUGAACACAUCUCAACUAAUCAAAAGUUGGAAGAGUUGCCGAUUCCUCAAUCAUCUAAUAAUCACAAUUAUUAUGUUUUAAAUUAUCAUCAAUCUGAUUUCUUCAAAACAUCUCACCAGACUGGAAAUGAGGUAUUGGAUCAUCAUACGUUAAUUGAAAUAUUCCAAGGAUUUGAAUCAGUGCUGGAAAUGGAAGAAGAGAAAGUUGAAGAAUUAUUUGCUUUGGAGGGCAUUAAUAUAUAUGAUGAAAUUGAAAUGCAUUAUGAUGAUCCAAUGAUAAUUGACAACCAAGAGGAAUCAACUGCUGUUGAGGAAAACACAAUCGAGAUUGGUGGGAUUGAUAUGGUUGUUGAGGAAAAUGAGGAAGAGUAUGAACAGAAUGAAGAUGUUGGAGAAAUAGAAUGUGAAAAUAAGGAACCUGAACAUGUAACUGAGGCUCCUAAGCCAAAGGAAAAAGCUGAGUUGAAAUACUAUAGAAUUAUUGACAUGGAUACCACUAUUGAAAGAAAAAAGAGCUCAAAACAAAACACCUUAAGAACGAAGCAACGAGUUGAAGACAACUUGAUAGAAGUAAAACCAAGAUCAGAUAAUGUUGAUAAUGGAUUUUUUAAAAAACCAAGUGAAGCUUUUAAUCAACCAUUUCUAGAUCCAGAUUUUACUGGUUCCUUAUUAUUUCCUAACAUUGACAUUAUCCAACUGUCAAGUAUUUUAUCACGAUCAAUUGAGGGAGAACUGCCUGAAAGAGCAAUGUAUGAACUAGGAGGUUAUCAUGAUUGUGAAUAUGGUGGGAUUGAUGAUUAUCUUUUCGGAAAUGAAAUUAGUUUAUUGGAAGAUCAGCAAGAUAAUAAUACAGAGCUGGGUGGUGUUGAAAUGCAAGAAGAAACAGUUGAAGUGACAGUUCCAAGAACAAAGACCAUUAUUGACAAUCUCAUUGAGAAUGCUGAAAAGAAAAAAAUUGUACCAAUUGUAAAGAUAUCCUCAAUUAUCAAUGAUAAUCUCUCCAAUAAUCAAACAACAACCUUAACAGAGCAGUAUCAAUAUAGUCAUCUUGGCAAUCAGAAUGUAUCCAAGGCAAGGUUCUUGAUGGCCCUUCUCCAUUCAGUCCAUCAAACAAAUAUCAAAGGAAAUGCUCAGAUUACUCUGUCAAACGUUGGAGAAGAUAAGAAAGAGACAGUAAGAGUAGGAUCGGAUGAAAAUAUUGGAUCUACCUGUAAAGUUAGAUUUAAAACACCAACAGGAAAAUCAACAACACCUCUCCAACCACUUGACCCAAAUACUCUUUCCACUACUUUUGCUUCACCGAUACCAGUUAAAAGUAGGCUUACAAAGAGAAGAAAUAUAAAAAACAAACUCAAUUCACCAACAUCUUCAUCAACAACUGCCACCACAACAAAUGAAAAAGAUCCUUCUCCUUGUACACCAAGCCAAAAACGUUUUGCUUCACCAAAAUCACCUGUAAAUGAUAGUAUAUUUGAUACAACUAAGACUCCUAAGAGAUUCAGUGUACUUAAAACUCCAGUCAAUAAGAAAUCCCUCUCUAAAUUAUUUUCACCAAUUUUCUCUCCUUUGAAUAAGGUUAAAAUCUCAAAGAAGGAAACAACAAAACAUACCAAGCCAAAGAUUAGAUAUGGAAUUACCGAGCAAGAAUUAGUCAAACAUUACACUGUAUCAGAAUUAAGAGAUUACUGUUACUCCCACUCUGAUAAGAAAUUUUCACAACUCACAAAACAACAAUUAGUGACAAAAGUUUUGGAUAUUUUACAACCUGUCAUUGAUGUUGUGUUGACAAGCCCAUUGGCAGCUGCUGUUAAGAGUAAGAGAUUAUCGAACACCUCAGAAAUGCUUUCUUCACGUGAACACAUGUUAUCAGAACUUAUUGAAACUAAGGAAAACAAGGAAGAAAGUGAUGAUGAGUUUAUUGAGGAACCAAUUCAAAAACGAUCCACAAUUUCGAAACCAUCUUCCAAUCCUGUAACUUCGUGGAGUGUUGAUACAGAUAAUGUUUACUCUCUUUUCUAUAAUCUUAAAUUGACAAAUCUAUCGAGUAUGAAAUCAUAUUGUGAGGAUAAUGAUAUUAAUCCAUAUGGAGGUAGAGAGAAUCCACCCCUAAUUUCAAAUCAUCAUUCCAAUGAGUAUGAAACUGAAUUAGAUUAUACAACUGAACAAGUCAAUAGGAGAGAUGUGGAAAUUGAAAGGUUGAAAAAGUCUAUUGAAACAUUAAACAAGGCUUGUUUUGAUGAGGAUGAAGAAGAUGAAUUGGAUGACUUAAUAGACAAAUGGAGAGUAGCAUGUCAGGAAAUGAUUUACACACUUGUUGAUAAACUACAACCAACAUCAGAGAGAAUGAGUUUGGGCAAUUUACUCAAUCAUCUCGGAAUUGAUUAUGAUAUUAUUCAUUACGAUAAAGAAGAGGAGAUGUUGGAGGAGAGCCACACCAUUAGUAACCCUAACGAAAUUGAUGAGACAGUAACUGUUUCAUCAUCGUCCUCUUUGCCAUCAUCUCACACUAAUUCACAACCUUCAACACCAACUAUUGAAGAUGUUAAAGAGGAUUCCGAUAAGAAAACUCUCUUGGAAAUACAAGAUUCAUCACCACUAGUAGAAGUAAACCAACAAUCAUCAACACCAACAACAUUCACAGCAUCACCAGUAAAAGAAAAUAUCAAUUCACCAAAUUCACCAUCAUCAUCUAUAAUUAAUUUGGAAGAUAAAGAAGUGAUUGUUGAUGCAGAAAGCAACAAACAUAGAAAAGCAACAAUAGCAAUAGAGGAAGAAGAGGAUGAGGAUUCUAAUGUACCAAAUGAAAAGUGGGCAGGUAUGGAAAAUUGUGGAUUUCCUGCCUGUUUUGAUUUCGAAAAAGAGGAAAAGGCAUUAUUUGAUAAAUACAUGUCAAGUCCUUUGAGAAAAAAGUACAUGACAGAUUGUAAAGAAGCUUGGCUUGAAUAUUUCAUGACUACUAAUAAUGGAUUUUAUAAUAAGGUUGUGUAUAAUAGUACUGUAAAAUCAUUAAUAAGAAAACAUGGAAUAUUUCCAGCUUACAGAAAAAAGCUUUGGUUAGAAAUUAAUAAUGUGGAUAAGAAAAUGAUUGAAAAUCAAGGAUAUUAUCAAAAAAUGUUACAAGUUCAUCAAGAUGUAUUUAAUGAAGCUGAACAUCAAAUUGAUUUGGAUCUUUCACGUACAUUUCCAUCACAUCCAUUCUUUGCAAAAAAGAAUUCAAAAGGAAGACAACAAUUGAAGAGAAUUCUCAUUGCAUUUUCUUGGAGAAAUCCAUAUGUGGCCUAUGCUCAAAGUUUAAAUUACAUUGUUGCAAUGCUUUUAUUACAUUGUGAUGAAGAAACAGCCUUUUGGUUGUUUGUAGAGUUGGUUGAGGAAAUUUUACCUAGAAAUUAUUAUAAUCCACAAUUGACAGGAAUUAGAAUUGAUUCUAAAGUAUUGGACGAAUUAAUAAGGAAUAGACUUCCAAAAAUUCAUUCACAUUUUCAAAAUUUAGAAUUAGAUUGUACAGCAUUUUGCUCUGGAUGGUUUAUGAGAGUUUUCCUUGAUAUUUUCCCAGUUGAAUGCAGUUUGAGGAUUUUAGAUUUGGUUUUUGCUGAGGGAAGUAAAAUUCUUUUCAGAACUGUAUUGAGCUAUCUGAAAAUAUAUGAAAAUCAAAUAUUAGCAAUGAAAUCUAUGGGUGAUAUACUUCAUUUCAUUAAUCAAGAACCUCAAAAGUUUUAUGAUCAUCCAAGAUUAACAAAAUCAAUGUUUAACUUUUAUUUAUUAACACGUAAAGAACAAUAUAUUGCUGGCUGUAGAGAUCAAGGCAUUGAGCCUCUAUCGAUGGUCGUUAAUCUUAACGAUGAUGAUGAAUGCGUUCAGAUUUUAAAUUUAGGAGAACUAACACUCGGAACAAAGAAUGGUAUUGCUAUCGGUCAAGCUUUACAUUCAAAUCAAACUUUUACUCAUAUUAAUCUAGCUGAAAGUUAUAUGGGAGAUUCGGGUGUUGAUGCCGUAUGUCAAGGGUUGAUGCAAUCAAAGGUUAUUGAAUCCCUCGAUUUUAGAGGAGCCAAUUUAUAUAGGUCCAAUGGGUUGGCACAACUACUUGCCAAAACAUUCACUUUGAGAGAACUCAAAUGUGAAUGGAACAGUUUGGGAGUCUAUGAAACUGGUAUUUCUGAAAUAUCUGAGGCUCUUAAGUCUAACAAGUCCCUUAUGACACUGGAUUUGAGGAAUAACAAAAUUACACCUGAAGGAGCAAACUCUCUUUCUAAUGCUUUGAGAGCAAAUAGUGUUUUGCAAAAUUUGGAUUUGAGAUGGAACUAUUUGGGAGUUAGAGGUGGUAAAUAUAUCAUGGAAGCAUUACAUGACAAUUACACAAUUAUUGAUUUGAAGUUGGCAGGUAAUGAGAUCGAUUACAAAACUUUACAAGAAAUUGAUAGAAUGAUUAGAAGAAAUUACGAUGUGAUGGUAACCAAACAAAAAGAAUCAGAAAUGUCAACAAAAUUGAAAACUGAAAUAAGUGAACUGAGUUCAAUGCAAAACGUAAGUAUCAAAACAGAAAUUAUGUAA